GGUAUAAAUAGCGUGGGAUGCGUGCAGGCUGGUGAUUCUGUGGAAAACGAUGACUGUGCUGGGACCUCCUCUGCUUCUGUCUCUGUUGCUGCCGCUGCUGUUGAGCAAGGCACCCCAGCCUGCAGCUGCAUACACACUGACACCUGGACAACAGCCACAGCACAAAGUCCUCCAUCUAGACUGGCCCAAGGAUUGUGGUAUGCCCCACUUCAAACCUAACAUGGCUGAGAGGAUUGUGUCUGGGAAUGAAGCCAGACCUCAUUCCUGGCCCUGGCAGGUCUCUUUGCAGGUCCGUCCCAGAGGAAGUAAACAUUACAUUCAUGUCUGUGGAGGAACUCUCAUCCAUCAGAACUGGGUCCUUACUGCAGCUCACUGCUUCCAGAAGGGUAAAGCUGAGGAUGCUGGGAGCUGGAGGAUCGUCCUGGGGAAGCAUCAGCUGAAGCGCUCUGAGACGGCAGAGAGGAUUUUCCCCGUCAAGAGGAUCUACCGCCAUGAGAACUUCCGUUAUCCCACUCACAGCGAGCUGGACUAUGACAUCGCCCUGGUGAAGGCUGGCACAGAUAUCCUCCCUUCAAAGUUCAUUCGCUACGCCUGCCUGCCGCGCAAGCAGACCAGCCUCAAACCGGGUCACUACUGCUGGGUCACAGGAUGGGGGGACACCCGUGGUGGAAAGGAAAACGUCUCUCUCGCAGAAGCUCUGAACCAAGCCCGUCUGCCCAUCAUUGACUUCAAAACCUGCCGGCAGAAGAAAUUCUGGGGCGACCGCGUGCGAGACUCCAUGAUCUGUGCCGGUUUAAGAGACACUGAGGACCCACCUGCAGCAUGCCAGGGUGACUCUGGUGGUCCGCUGCUGUGCCAGCUGGGCCAGGACCGCUGGGAGGUGCACGGCGUGGUGAGCUUUGGCCCCAUCGGCUGCACUGUGGAGAACAAACCCAGCGUCUUCACCCGCACUGCUGCCUACAUCCCCUGGAUUGAGGCAACACGCAUCAGGGACUUCUUCCUGCACUGAGCGGGCCACUUGACCCAGCACAAGAAAGCUCUGCUGUUAAAUGUUUUUUUUCCUGACAUCUUGCAGCCACAUUCCUGUUCUACAGACACCAAGCUCUGCAACAACUACUUCAUCAUGUAAAUACAUGUUAUGUACGUGCAACUAACACAGUAGAUUACAGUAUGGACUUCUCUCGGGGAGCACUGCAUCACAUUCACUGACUUUUUACAUCCAAUUUACUUUGCCCAAUAAAAUGUAUUAAAAGCAAAAUAUUCCUGGACUUUUCCCAUUCUUUUAUUUUAGUUGAUAUUACAGCGGUUUGAUGGCAACAAAUGAACAGUAAGCACAUCCAGUACAGCUUUACAGUGACUUCUUCUUCUACAGUACAACAGAACUCACUGUAUGUGUUUCAAUAAAUACAAGAGUCAGAAAACCAUAAGGCUUGCCUCUGUUCAAAGUCUUCAAGAGACUUUCA